GUUGACCCGUGACGUCACAGACCGGUAACCUUCCUCGGACACAAUGAGUGAGACGUCGUUUAAAUCGUAGCAAAUAUCGAGAGACAUCGGUGUUAGAAAUUGGUUAAAAGUGAGCCACAAGUAUGAGUGGGCCUAUACCCUUCCUGGGCAGUAAGAUUAGCCUGAUAUCCAAGUCUGAAAUCCGAUAUGAAGGCAUUUUGUACACCAUCGACGCUCAGGAGUCGAUUAUCGCUCUGGCGAAGGUGCGAUCUUUUGGGACGGAAGAUCGGCCGACAGAGAUGCCAGUUCCUGCCAGGGAUGAAGUGUACGAGUACAUUAUCUUCAGAGGCACAGAUAUUAAGAAGAUAGAAGUUUGUGACACGCCAAAGCAGCCUACCUUACUUCACAAUGACCCUGCAAUUGUCCAGCACUCUGCCCCAGCAGUUCCAUCAUCCUUCCAGGCAGCGCCGUUCUCCCGUCAGUCCCUCGGGCCAAUUGGCGGGGGCCUGGGUCUGUCGUACAGUGCUUAUGGCCAGUCAAUGACACAGCAGGGUAUUCCAGGGGGAGGUGGUUUCCAAAUGGGCGCGACAACCCAGCCCAGUGAGUUGACUACUGUGGCAGGUGGUGGUGUUAGUAGUGUUGUUGUUGGUAACCUGGAUCAGCAGUCUGGCCCUGCCCCAGUGGCAGUGCAGGCCCCCAUUGGUCCCCCACCCCAGUCUGGUACACAUGCACUUCACCAAACAGGUAUGCUGUCAGAUAUUCUAGUAGCAUCAAGAUCAUCCACACCCACUGUCCGCAAAUCUCCCGUAUCUGAUGCCGGAGUGCAAGUUACCCCACCUCCUACUAGAGAGGAGAAAAAGAAAAGUCAAUCACAGCCUCAGCCACAGAGGCAGCAAGAAAGUAGACCACAAAGGACUGGGAGCCAGGGUGGCCAAAGUCGCCGCAGUAAUCAACAGCAGACACAGCAACAAAUGGCUGAACAGAUACAGCAGCAGAACCAGCAGCAGCCUCAACAAAACCAACAGCAACAGUAUCAUAAUAACCAGUACUAUCAAUACCAACAGCAAUACAAAGGAAGAGGUGGCAUGAACCGUGGCCGUGGCAGUAGAAGGCCCUCGGGCCAGCGUGGCAGAGGGCAGAUAUUUAAUCAAGGAAACCGUCAGAGACAGUUCCAGGAUCGUCAGUUGUUCGAGACGGAAUUUGACUUUGAGCAGGCAAAUGAGGAAUUUGAGGAAGUUAGAAAUCAACUGGCAAAAACCAAGAUUACAGAGAAUGGGGAUAAGAAGGAAGAUUCUGGACAUGAAACUGCUGGAACAGAUGAUGACGUUCAGUCGACGUGUUAUGACAAGACCAAGUCAUUCUUCGACAGUAUUUCCUGCGAAUCCAUUGAACGCAGUCAAGGGAAUAGCCAACGUCCAGAUUGGAGGCAUGAGCGCAAGAUAAAUGUGGAAACGUUUGGUGUGAGCUCUGCAAGGAGAGGUUACUACCCUCGUGGUAGAGGUGGUUACUACCGUGGUGGCUACUAUCGGAGCUAUAAUUAUAACCAAGGAUAUUAUAGGACUGGCAAUGGGGCUUAUCGUGGUGGCAGAGGUGGCGGUCGAGGUGGGAUUGUAAACGUGAAUGGCAUGUCACAAAGAGGUGGAACUGGGAACUCUUAUGCAUCUACGGUCGUCAGGAACUCUACGCCGACUAAGUAGUAAUGGAAAUUAAAAAGUACUGCAUCUUCCUAGUAUCAGGAUAAAGGUUGAGGGAAAAAAAAAAAGAUGGCAACAAAAUAUUCUAGGGUGAAUGUACCUAGGUAAGGAGAUUUUUAAAGCUUUAAUCAAUGCAAAUUGACAUUAACCUUAAUUUGGUGUUUGAUGCUAUGGAUGAAAAUGUUUAAAAAAUGUGAAAGGUGCAUCAGUAAAGUGCAAGUAGAUUUGAAAGUUCUAACAAGUUAGAAAGUAUUAAAUUGAGUAUUUUGGUUAAACAAAUAAUUAGCCUUCUGGAAAAUGAUUUUUGGAAGCAUAAUGAAUGCUUCGGUGAUUAUCUGUUGGCAGAUAGCAUGAUACCUGAAAUAUACAUGGUCCAUAUUUUGUAGAAGACUUGACCUGUUCAGUUUAUGGCAAGAUGUGACUGGAUAGAAGUGCUCUGGAAUGCUGAUAUUUAUGGAAUAAAUUGGUGUGCUGUUGGGAAAGAGGAAUGGUAGACAGGCAACUGGAGUGAUUAAGAUAAGCAAGUGACUGAUGGAUUUAUUGAACAGGUUUUCUUUUCAUGGUGAUACUGGGUGUUGGUUGCAAGCCAGCAAUGUUAUCUUAAGUCUUCUGUAGGUGCAAAGGACUUUGUUUAUCCAGUGGCUGACUGAUUGGAAGCCAUUGUUAUGCUAUGACAUUAAUAUGCCGUUCCUUUUUGUGGGGCAAAUGGAACAAAAUCAGUAUAAAAAAUGUACAAAUAGGGCCCUCCUAAUAAGUGAUAGACUGAAUUAGAUAAAAGUGGAGCCUGCUAGUGGUGAGAUGUAUCUAGGCUUGGGACCACAAGCAAGAGAUAGAGGAAGAGUAAAUGUUUAAGUUAAACUAAUAUGGUAAGCAACCCAACAGGGCUCCUCCUGCAAAUUUAAUAACUGCUAUAAUUUCAUUUUGAUACAUUUUAAUGCGAUGAAACUUCAGAAAAUCAUAUUUUUUAUUAGUUUUUUGACCCAAGAAUUUCCUGUAGUAAAUUAUUAAUACAGGUUACCUGCCACUUUAAGGAUUUGACCUGAUUUAUUAUGUGAUAGUGGAGAAAUUGGUUAUAGUUCAAUCAGAGAUUGUAGGAAGACCAGCUCCAGUGUGUGUGUGUGUGUGGAGCAUAAAGAUUGGGUGGAUAAGUUGUCAGGGCUUAUCCUCCACAACACUGCCCCUGCAGGUGAUUAUAAUUGGCAGCAUUAGAGAGCAUUGGUUAAGUGAUGCAGGGGCAGCAGAUGGACACCACUAACGUCCACGAGGUAAUGUGGAGGUCAUCGUCCACAUAAAUGUGCUUUUUGAACAUCUAUUUUUACAAUAAACAUUAAAGCACA